AUGAUGAGAAUACCAGAAUGUCUGAGCCGACGUUACAAGGCAUUGGAUGACUUAAUUCAAGAGCUCAGCUCAUCCAUACCCAGUCAGAAUUCUUUAACUGAACAGAGGAGUAAUACGAGUAAUGUCGGUAUUAAACUUAUGUGCGAUUUCUGGAAUAUUCUCAAAGAAGAUCCUGAUUGUAACUUAACGGCAGAAGUCCAGCACCGCAUGGGAAUGAGGUCAGGACCAGAAUUGUGUCCCAACGUUUACGGCGUACAACGUUACAUGACUUACAUGGCUGAGAAAUGCUGCACAGACAAAGACGGUAAUUACAAAGGCUGUAAAGUCGACAAAGAUGGCAUGAAAGGUUGUAGAGGUAGCAACAAAAGCGAUCAGGACGCCGACAAAGACGAACACAAAUGCAAUAAAGAUGUUGCCAAUGUGAUGAAUCAAGGCAAAAUAUGUUGUAAAAGAAGUAACGAGGCUCCCAAGAAGCAGACUGAAGUUGAUGUGAAAUUAUCAGGUGCAUGCUGUUCUGGUACAAAAGCUACACAUAUGAAAGACGAAGAGUUAGCGCUCACCAAAGUUUUAUGCAACCUAAAGCAGGCUGCGACGUUUGACAAGAAAUGUCACGUCCGGGUGAAAGAGUUAAUGGAAGCACAAAAAAUGUUAAAGGAACAGGUACAAAUUUUGGAAGCUAGGGAAAAAGAGGGAGUCAAGUUGUUGAAGGAGGCUGACUGCAUGUGGUUGUGCAUGGAGGAUGCUUACAAGAAAAAAGUUGCCGAGUCUCAAGAGAGACAGCAGUUAUUACUGAAACAGCUAAAGGAAAUAGAAACAAGUGCAACUAAGUGGAGAAAAAAUAAGAAAGAUCUAGAGUUUCAAAUUAAUAACAUGACAAAAGCUAGAAUGGAAAUUGUUGAAAAGUUGAAUCAGAAAAAAAACGAUAUCAAGAUUAUGGAUUCAGAAAACCAAAACCUAACGAAAAGAAUAGAAAGUGCUAAAAAAGAUUUGGCCAAUAGCACAAAAUCCAUGGGCACUGCGAAGGAAGCUUCUGAUGCAAGAAUGGUGAACUUAACUGAAGAGAUGGUGAAAAUUCAAAAGAAAACAAAUGAAGAAAGAACGAAUAUGAAGAAAAAAGAAAACGAAGGAACUCAAUAUGUCAAAGAAGCUAGAACUGACCUACAAAACAUAUGUAAGGUUUUGUUACAGAAAAAACUUGAAAAUGAAGAUCUUAGAGCAGAGAGAACAGCUAUUAAUGAAGAAAUGGAUCUUUUAGUAACAACCCUUAGUAAUUGUAAAGAUAAAUGUAAAAACAAAGAAGAAUCUGUAUUAGCAGAACUUAAAACUCUUACGAAUGAAAUCGCCACAUUCGAAGCUAAAUGUAAAAAAUGUCACAUAUGCACGGAUACUAACGAUGUAAGAAAACUAUGUACAGAUUGUCCUAAAUGUUUGCAAGAAAGAAAGUGCAACGUUGGGGAAGAAGACUGUACAUCUGAUCCUACAAUGGACUGUGUAUGUAUGAGUGUUAAACAGAAAUUCUUAGACAAUGUAUUUGAUAACAUGUAUACCGUGUUAGAAAGACAAUCUAGAACUCAGCCUGGUAAGGCUUUAGCGGAUGCGAUAUUAAACUCUUUAAAAAGAAGUACCAAUGGAAAGCUUUCCCCGCAAACUAGAAGAAUAUUGCAAGAAUUUAUAUUAUCGACGGUGAAGAAAAACUUGAAUUUGACAAUAGUAGGCGGAGCAGUGAAGACACGUUGUGAGAUGGAUCCGGACACUUAUAAACAGCUGAUGACUUGUCUCAGGUCUGUUAAAGCAGUUAAGCCACCCCAAGCAGACAAGGGAACCCCACCUAGAAAGGAGCCUUGUAAACGCUGGGGCCCUUCCAGCGAGUGUAACUGUCCAAAGGGUCCUAAAAAUUGCAUUUGCACGAGAAAGGCACCCCCACACCCGGAUGACCCUAGACCGUGUCCUCAGGAUAAGGAAGAUAUCGGAGAACAAAAGAUUUGCCCUUAUAAAGACAAGAAAGUUUGUGGUCCUGAUUGUGGUAUGCAAGGUCGUUCAUCACGUGCUACACGUGACAUUGGGAAUGAGAUAGCUACGUGGAGGCCAGACCCAUGUUCAGGACCGAGCUGCCCUUACAAUAAAAUUACAAGGGCAGCCAUGGCACAAUGUGUGCUUGGCAACGAAUCGAUGGUAAAAAAAGAGUCACGGAAGUCUACGUGCACAUGUAGGACCACUCCGUUGAAAUCAUGCCAUUGUCAUCGAGAUCGUAGGAGGCAACUUCGAGAAAAAAAUAUUGCUGAAGUUAUGGGAAGAUACCAUGUGGUCCCACCAAUAGCAAAAGAUAUAACAUUACGCGAAACAAGCGAUAUUGAAUCAAAAGUUUGCGAUGCAGUAAAUAAACUUAUGAAAAAAGUGAUUGUCAAAUCAAAAGAUACAAAACAUGUGAAAGCAAAUUUAGUGGAAUAUUGUGAUAAAUAUACAAGUGUUCAAAAGUGGUGGAGGGAUUCUCAAAAAGACGUUCGUUUUGAAUUACCAUAUGCAAAAGAUGAAUUUAGACUACAAGCCAAUUCAACAGCAUUACCUCAUAAUAGACAAUCUGUAAAUAGUAUUGCAUGCCAAUUUAAUAAUCUCGAAUCAUCUUCAAACUUUAGCAGUAUACAAGAUAUUGUAUCGAAAGAGUUUAAAAUAGCUGUUGAAAAUAGAGGUAAAUUCGUCACACAAUCUACCGUAUUAACAAAAACCAAUUCAGGGACAUUCACUAUGGAACUAGAUGAGCAGAUAAUUGAAUCAUUACAAAAAGUUACUAAUGAAGACCCCAUUUUAUUUGUGUCGUUUAAAAAAUCGGAUUCUGGAUGUUUAAUAGUACAUUUUGAUAACAAAAAUAAUUCAGUAGCUAAUACUCAGAAAGUUGCAUUAAGAACAACGCAAUCAGGAACAAAGUUUUUAGAAAUACAUAAAAAUAUUAUUGACAUUCUUGAAAAUUCUGACAAAUAUAACAUGAAAAAUAUAAGAUACUCAAGCAAGUCAGCAAACACGUAUGAAGAGGAUAAGUUUAGAGGACAUUAUAUAGCACAAGAUGAGAAAAAAAAAAAGUUUUUUUUGAAAGACAGUCAUGAUGCAUUUAACGAUCAGACCAACGAAACCGAUUUCAAAGACAUAUUGAGAAAACAAUGUGGGUGCAUAAUUCUAACGCAUUCAUCGUGCCGAAAUUGUAAUAACUCUCUCAUGAAAACUGAUGAAAGCGAAAUUAUCGACUUUAUAUAUAAAGAUGAUGAAACAGCUAAUAAUGUUGAAAGAUAUGCUGCAAAGAAAAUAAAUGGAAUACCAGAUGUAUGCAUGUCCACGUUUACAGAACAAUUACAAGAUUAUUCAUUUGAGCUGCAGCACCUAUUUGAGCAAGGCAAUGUCAAAAUUACAGUUCAGAUUAAAAUGAACAAUGAGCUCUUCAACAAAUUUGAAACGGUUAUUACUAGGUCACUCGCAGGCACCAUCGGUGUUGGUAUAGUGCAACUAUCAUCUCUUGGGCAUAUUCCUCUUGAUGGGAUUGAAUAUCCAGUUAGUUUAUCAAAGACGAUGUCUAACACAUACAUAGUUAAUCUUGAUCAAUCUAGUGAAACAUUUAAUGCAGUAUUUAAAAAAAGUAUAUCUGGCAAUGUUAUGCUCCUUCCAACAACACCACAAACAAAAAAUCAAUCUAAGAAGGAUGCAGGUCAACCUGAAGUAAAAUUAUACAAAUUAAAAGUAAAGAAUUACGACAAUUGUCAUGUUGAACUACCCGCAGUAUUAAAAUUGACAGACUCGAAUAAUUUUAAUAUUGUAUUAGAUAAAGAAUUUGAAAGUCGUUACAAGAAGAUGGUGCGAAAUGAUUUUCUUAGUGAACAGCAACGCUAUGUACUUUUACAAAAAACUCCCUCUGCGUAUGUCGUAGACUUAAACACUGAUAAUCAUAUUCAUCAUGAGAACCUUAAUGCACUAUUAGUUAAAUCUAAAUCAGGUAAUAUCAAAAUAGUGGUAAAAGGAGCCAUAGCAGAAUGCCUUGGAGUCACAAAGACUAAAAGAAGUCCAGUAUCUUCAGCUCAAGUGUUUAAAGAAUUACUGGAUAAAUUGCAUACAGCUUCAACGAACACAAAAAAUCAAAGGAAAUACAAACCCAAGUUCGUUGGCCAGAAAUCUUCUAGCGACACACAGUUAUAUGAACGUGUAAAAAUAAAACUACAAAUCAACAAAGGCUUCGCUUCAGAUCCUUCGGCUAUCCUUAAAAAAACAGAUUCAGGCCAUUAUGCUGUCAUUCUUAACAAAGAAUCAAAGAAAACGUUCCUCAAAAAUUUAAGAAGCUUUUUAGUUUCUAACCCUAACGGAGUCGUUCCUAUAACUAGAACAGAAUCUGGUGAAAUUCAGUUAGACCUUAAGCGUUAUGGUGAAGAAAAAGGACAUUACGGUUUAUUGAAAAUUACUUCAUCAGGAAAUGUGUAUGUCGUUGUCGAUGCUGAAGCUGUAACAACUAUGUCCAGUAAUUCAAAUAUGAACAGUAAACGAUCUAAUGCUGUUGAUACCAGAUCUUUUAACAUAGGGGAAUUUGUUAAUAAAGAAGUCUACACUACUUGUAAUGGUAAACCAGUGACUGGUGUUUGUGACAUAUCUAAAUGUAUAUGUGAAGAGAUACCGUUUGAGACUUUAUUUUGGAAGAACAAUACCAAUGGCAAAAAUACAGAACAAGUCUCUCAACCCACGUGUUGGAAUCGUACAGAUGCCAGAACAGAUAAAGUAUGUAUGAAACCUACAUUGAAGUAUAAUUAUAAACCCACAGAACACUGCUGUUACGUAUUUGACUCUGUUUGUUCUUAUCAUGACAACAGAUACAGUCAUGAGUCUAAUGAAUUGUUAAAUAAAUCUGCAAUCUAUAAAGAAGCGCAACAAAUUAAGAUUAUGAAAUACAAACAUGCAAACAACCUUGAACAUCCUCAAGUCGGUAAAGUGUUGUGGGAUUCUUUAAGUUACUUGCCGCCACAACUGCCGCCUUUUCUACGAAAUGUCCAAUAUCAUUAG